AUGCUCUCGAGGACAUUAACUUUUGGUCCUGUUGCUUUCUCAUCUCUUUCGGACAAACUCUCCCUGCAAUUAGAAUACGAGGUUGUCAUUAGACUACCGUCUGGAAACCUGGAGACCUUGUCGGUUGACCAGUGCCUGAAAGCGUUGACAUCGGGGGAAAUGUGGGUCGCCAGUGGGAAUUCAUGCCGGAUUGAUUUCGUUAUUGAUCUUGAUGGAAAAGAAUCGUUUGGAAUUAAUAACAAUCAUAUCAUCGAGAUGUUGGGUAAGUACGUCGCAGAGUCAAAGAUAUGGGAACAGCUGGGAUUAUCCGCAAUACUUCAUUUGCAGAAUGAACCACUACAGACGAACAAUCUUUCUCUUCAGCUAAAUAAUAAAGAUCCUUCAAAUUCACCGAUUCUCGGCGUUCGACCUUGGACAUGUACAACUACCGAUAUUAGGAUACCAGACGCACAACUCUGCGCUCACAUGGAACAGCUAAAAGUGCGAUUAUCAUUUCGACCCAAGUCUGGAGGGAGUCAAACUUCAAAAAGACGGAAGCCAUUUCUCCUAGAUUCGGUGGUAAGCAAAGGCUCCUCUCAGACAUUGAAGGUUGCACAGUCAGGCACGCCAAAAAAAUCUUUGGUUAUCAAAUUUGGCCCCAGUGAGAACAUAUCGUCACUUCUAGAAAGGUAUUCCGACGCUAGUAAACGGCUUCAAGCUACUCAGGCAAGUAUACCCGCUACAUCGUCAAUCGUUGAAGUUGGCUCCAGAGUAAAGAUUUCUGAAAUCUUGAAAGAGUGUUCUGAGAGUUUAUCCUCGAGUAUCGCAUUACAUGCUGCACCUGCUCUAUCUCAAUUGAGCUCUUUCAUAAGUUCGGGUCCAUUCUCCAAAUCUCUGUUAACUUCUAGACAUAUGACUUCCCCGAGUAAUUCUCGUAAGAGGAUGAAAAGGGCUCCUGAAGUUUCACAGAGAGCGGAAACUAGUCCUUCAACCAAGCAAGAUGAUGCUUCCACGGCACCAGAAGAUAUAACGUUUGACAAAAUGCUGCUUCCAUCUAGUGACGAAAGACAUCGUGCUCAAGUUUCGAAUAAAAACCCAUUGAAAUCCUCCACUAUCGGAAGUCUUUCCCAGAAAUGCAAUGCGACUUUCAAUUCUCAAGAUGAAGAAUACGUAUUUGAUCCUACAGCAUCAUGCAAGCUCGUCACCGCAGCGAUACAAGUAAUGAUUGCUGGAAUCGAGACGAGACAGAGAACGACAAAGGGAGUAAAGAUUGACAACAUCCCAGGCAUCUCCGCUAUUCCUCUGGCAGCCUUGGGUCCAGUCAUGUUUUCUCCAGGUUUCAAGAAGUCGGUAGCUCAAAAUUCUCGCUACACUCCUAGGAUCAUCCAAAUGAUGACCUCAUUCGCACGCAAUGCCCAAACACCAGGCCUGCGACAGAAAAUUGAGCAGAUUGCAAACAUGCCGACCUCCGCAUUCGUCAACAAAAAAACUGAUGAAGAGAUGCAUGGCGAGCUAGGCUCUGAGAAGAGGCUGACAGUUGUGGUGAAAGCUCGACUAUGGUCAAUGAUGCAACGAACAUUACAUGAUCUAUCAGCUGCUCGUCAGAUUAUCAAUAAACGUUCGACUUCAGAGGAUGUUGUUAUGGCUAGGGGAAUUGAUGAAUGUGAAGAUCUUUUGGACUCUAUCGUCGAUGACGCUGACAUACAAGAUUCAGCAAUGGUGGAUGAUGAUUUUCGGUGGAUUGUGGAUAAUCACAGUGAAAAUUCGUCAUUUGACAAUAUACUCAGUGAUGAUGAAGGUACACCAGACCAUGGAUUUGAUGAUCUUCUCCUUGAAGAUGAUGUCGGUUUCUAUGACUCAUUGUUAAGCGGUGGAGAAAUGGAAAGAUUGACACUAGAGUCGGACUCCGAGGAGAUGUUUUUCGGCCACCGUUGGCAACUUGAGUAUGAAGAACAAUAUGAUGACUUGUUGUUAGUCGUUGAAGGCUCAGGUCAUGACGAGUUGUUACUUGAGGAGAAUUCCGGUAUAUUAGAGGAAGGAUUAUCAUUUAACAAUGAUGAUCUACUGGUAAUUUGA